UCCCCUGCUACAUCGCCAUUUCUUUCUCUCUGCCAUUUCUUCCAUGGACAAAACACCAACUCUGGCUGCGGCCCUCCGAUUCAUUGGCCCCUUAUCCCUCCACUUUCAUCAUCUCCAUAAUCUUUCUGCUACCUCCAUAACCAAGCUUCCAAGCUUUUCUUUCUUUGUUCUCUCAUGUGCAAUUUUGCUUCAACCACGCAGUGGCUUUCAAGCUUUUUCUGAGUGUUGCUCGCCUUUCUUGGGUAGAAAGAUAUGAGCAGAGAGAAGGGUAUUGCACAAAGUAGUAGUUGUUUUGUCUCUGGAACCCAUUUCUUUGUCGUUAUUUUGAGUGUAUUGUUAUUGUUCUUGCAACCCAUUUCUUGCCAAGAUGUUGAAGGCUACGAUAGCGAUGGGGUCAAUAGCAAUCCAGCAGCGAAGGAGCUAUUCUCUGAGAUGGUUGUUAAUAGUUUCUCGAAUUUCACCUCCAUCUUCAAGCAAGACAUCAGCAAAUACUUAGGUUUCUGCAUAAUGGACGUGGAUUCGGAUUGGAAUAUGGCGUUCAAUUUCUCUGAAAAUAGUGAAUUCAUCACUAGUUGUGCCAGGAAAACCAAAGGAGAUUUGGCACAGCGCAUGUGCACAGCAGCAGAAGUAAAGUUCUACUUCAAUAGUUUCUUUUCAAAAGGAUCAAGGACAACCCAUUAUAUGCAACCUAAUAAGAACUGUAACUUGAGCUCAUGGGUUUCUGGAUGCGAGCCAGGAUGGGCAUGUAGUGUUGGUCGCGGUGAAAAGGUUGACAUGAAAAAUUCAGAAACUAUUCCUAGUAGAGCUGAUGAUUGUGCACCUUGCUGUGAGGGGUUCUUCUGCCCUCAUGGUCUUACAUGCAUGAUACCAUGCCCACUGGGUGCUUACUGCCCACUUUCAAAACUGAAUGAUACCACUGGCAUAUGUGACCCAUACAAUUAUCAACUGCCAGCUGGGAAGCCCAAUCACAGUUGCGGGGGAGCAGAUAUUUGGGCUGAUAUUUUGAGUAGUAGAGAGAUAUUUUGUCCAAAAGGAUCAUAUUGUCCAUCCACAAUCCAGAAGCUUUCUUGCAGUAGUGGAUAUUACUGCAGGACUGGUUCUACAUCUCAAGCAGGGUGUUUUCGGUUGGCAACUUGUGAUCCAAAAUCAUCAAAUCAAAAUAUCACUGCAUAUGGCAUCAUGAUUUUUGCUGGAUUGAGUUUUCUGCUACUUAUUAUUUAUAACUGUUCUGAUCAAGUUCUUGCUACUCGAGAAAGAAGAGAAGCAAAAACUAGGGAGAAAGCAGUUCAAAGUGUGAGAGAAACAGUUCAAGCACGUGAAAAAUGGAAGGAUAUUGCCAAAAAGCAUGCAAUUGACCUGCAAAGUCAAUUAUCACGCACAUUUUCUCGUGCAACAUCUGCAAAAAAAGCUGAUGUUGUGAAGGGUACUGGUCAAGCUAAACCUGGAACGGAUGCUGCCUUGCAAUCCAUUUCUGGAGCCAGUUCAUCUGCACCAACAAAAGGAAAGAAAAAGGACAAAAAUAACCUAACAAAUAUGCUGCAUGAAAUUGAAGCUAACCCUGAGGGUCAUGAAGGCUUCAAUCUGGAGAUUGGAGAUAAAAAUAUCAAAAAGCAUGCACCAAAGGGUAAACAGUUGCAGACUCAGAGUCAAAUGUUCAGGUAUGCAUAUGGACAGAUCGAGAAGGAAAAGGCUAUGCAGGAGCAGAAUAAGAACUUGACCUUCUCUGGGGUCAUUUCCAUGACUAAUGAUAUUGAAAUCAGGAAAAGGCCUACGAUUGAGAUUAGUUUUAAGGACCUAAGCAUCACUUUGAAACGUAAAAAAAGACAUCUGCUAAGGGGUGUGACGGGGAAAUUAUCACCUGGGAAAGUUUCUGCUGUCAUGGGCCCAUCUGGGGCUGGAAAAACGACAUUUCUUUCUGCUUUGACUGGAAAAGCAACUGGGUGCCAGGUGUCCGGUACGGUUCUUGUAAAUGGCAAGGCAGAGCCAAUCCAAGCGUACAAGAAAAUCAUUGGUUUUGUGCCUCAGGAUGAUAUUGUGCACGGAAACUUGACGGUGGAGGAGAAUCUCUGGUUCAGUGCAAGGUGCAGACUCUCUGCUGAUCUACCAAAACCAGAAAGGGUUUUAGUUGUUGAAAGAGUCAUUGAGUCCUUAGGACUGCAGCCAGUGCGGGAUUCUCUGGUUGGGACAGUGGAGAAGAGAGGAAUCUCUGGAGGUCAAAGAAAACGAGUAAAUGUUGGGCUAGAAAUGGUUAUGGAACCUUCACUUCUGAUAUUAGAUGAACCCACAUCUGGUUUGGACAGUUCAUCUUCCCUUUUACUGAUUAGAGCUCUUCGACGUGAAGCUCUUGAGGGAGUAAAUAUUUGCAUGGUUGUCCACCAACCAAGCUAUACAUUGUUCAGCAUGUUUGAUGAUUUGAUACUUCUGGCAAAGGGUGGCCUGACAGCAUAUCAUGGACCAGUAAAGAAAGUUGAAGAGUACUUUGCUGGCCUUGGGAUUACUGUACCUGAGCGUUCAAAUCCUCCAGAUUACUUCAUUGACAUCUUGGAGGGGAUAGUAAAACCUAGCUCUGAUGUGAACUACAAACAGCUUCCAGUUAGAUGGAUGCUUCAUAAUGGCUACCCAGUUCCUAUGGAUAUGCUGCAGAGUAUUGAUGGACCGGAAGCCUCAGGUGAUUCAACUAAUGAUGCUAAUCCAAGUGAAGCUGGAUCUGAACCACAGUCUUUUGCCGGAGAGUUUUGGCAGGAUGUGAAGACUAAUGUUGAGUUGAAGAAAGACAAUAUAGAAAGCAAUAUCACAACCACAGAUGACAAAUCCAACCGGAAAACCCCUGAUGUUUUUCAGCAGUACAGAUAUUUCCUGGGGAGGAUUUGCAAACAGCGGCUAAGAGAAGCAAGAACACAGGCAGUAGAUUUUUUGAUUUUAUUACUAGCAGGAAUAUGCUUAGGAACAUUAGCUAAAGUGAGCGAUGAAACUUUUGGAGUGAUUGGUUACACAUAUACUGUCAUUGCAGUCUCUCUACUCUGCAAGAUCGCAGCUUUGAGAUCAUUUUCUUUGGAUAAGCUACAUUAUUGGAGAGAAAGUGCUUCUGGCAUGAGCAGCAUGGCUUAUUUUCUUGCAAAGGAUACUGUUGAUCAUUUCAACACACUUGUCAAGCCACUAGUGUACCUAUCAAUGUUCUACUUCUUCAACAAUCCAAGAUCAUCGUUCACAGAUAAUUAUGCAGUUCUCAUUUGUCUGGUGUAUUGUGUGAGUGGGAUAGCUUAUGCAUUAGCCAUUCUCUUCGAGCCAGGUCCAGCUCAACUUUGGUCAGUGCUUGUUCCAGUUGUUUUGACCUUAAUAGCAACUCAAGGUGAAGACCGUGAAGACAGUAACUUUGUUAAGAAACUAUCAGACUUUUGUUACACUAAAUGGGCAUUGGAGGCAUUUGUCAUAGCAAAUGCUAAAAGAUAUUAUGGUGUAUGGCUGAUAACGCGAUGUGGUUCGCUUAUGGAAAGUGGUUAUGAUCUCAAUCAUUGGUAUCGUUGCUUAAUCUUCCUCGUUAUUUUCGGCUUAGGUAGUCGUAUUAUUGCCUUUUUUAUCAUGGUCACCUUCCAAAAGAAGUAAAUUCAACAUUUCUGUGCUCCAUCCUUACUGUACAAAGUAGAAAAGAUCAAAGCCAGACAAUCCUCUUGAGGUAGAAACUUAUAUAGGCACUGUAACAUACUGAGAAAAGUACAGUAUAGUCCUUGAAGAAGAUGGGGAUUGCUUGGAGUCCUCAAAACCUGUAUAAAGGAACAAAAUCAGUACAGAAUUAUGUGGAUAUAGAUGAGUGCAGCAAUGUAAAUCGACUAAGAUAACUUCGUUUGAGCAUGAUGAUUUUGUGUAAAGGGGUCAUCUUUUUUUUACGACAAAUAUAAAGAGUAGGAAUUUAGUGAACAAGGCAGCCCAAUACUAGUCUUUUCUCCUCUCUCUCCGGCCCGCCCACGGCAUUUCCCCCUUGUUCUCUUUGCUUUU